UUCUCAGUUGGUUAUUUAUGCCUCAUAUAACGUACACUUAUUCAGCCUGUUGUUCACUAUUCUUUAUUUAUUUUAAAUUGCCUUUCAAAUGUCUAUUCUUGGUGUUGGGUUUUAUCAAAUACAUUUCCCCCAAAAAUGCGACUUAUACUCCAGUGCGACUUAUAUAUGUUUUUUUCCUUCUUUAUUAGGCAUUUUCGUCAGGUGCGACUUUUACUCCGAAAAAUACGGUAUAUACAAUUCAGGCCAAAAGUUUGGACACACCUUCUCAUUUCAAUGCGUUUUCUUUAUUUUCAUGACUAUUUACAUUGUAGAUUGUCAAUGAAGGCAUCAAAACUAUGACACCUGUGUGAUAGUUUUGUGAAAACCAUUUCAGGUGACUACCUCUUGAAGCUCAUCGAGAGAAUGCCAAGAGUGUGUAAAAAGAGUAAUCAUAGCAAAUGGCGGCUAGUUUGAAGAAACUAGAAUAUAAAACAUUUUUUCAGUUAUUUCACCUUUUUUUGUUAAGUACAUAACUCCACAUGUGUUCAUUCAUAGUUUUGAUGCCUUCAAUGACAAUCAUGAAAAUAAAGAAAACACAUUGAAUGAAAAGGUGUGUCCAAACCAUGUAUAUAUUUACACGUGUUUAUCAUUUAUAUAAAAAAUACAAUAUAUAUGAACAACACAAAACAAAAAUGGAAAAAAAUGCCAAUCUCAAUACGCUGGUAUCAACCUGAUACUACCUUUGGUAUCAACAUGAUCGAUACUUGAGUCGCCCCGCCCAGUCCUCGGUGUGUGUACAUUAGCGCUGCUGAGACGUUACUACGGGAGAUGUGUUGUACAAAUGGAAUACUUUAAAGUACACCAGUGUUCAGCAACAAUGUGCACACAAUGGAAGCACACACAACAUUGUCGGAUCAACAACACCCAAGCCAAAAAGAUGAGUACUCAGGCAAAGUCCAAACAUGUGUUUUUGGGGGACAACACGGAGGCUGCCGUCCUGCAGGUUCCCCAACAACGCAAGCAGCAGCGCAGCAGCAGCAGCAGGAGGAGCAGAGACACAGUCCAUGUUUCCCAUCCUGAUGUCGGGGAAGAGCACGCCACAAACACACAAAGAGUCAGUGCAGUCGUUGACAGCGACUCAGACUUGUCUGACACUGAGAGAUCUUCUGUGUUGCCUUCAGGUGGACUUCCUCCGCAGCUUGAGCUGCGACCGGAGGUCAUCCCGGCAGAAGACCGUUCCCCUCGAGGUGUCCCACGCGGUCCUAAGGGGUACGGCUUCCCCGAUGUGCUUCCUCCACCGUUUAACUCGUGGAGCGUCGGCCAGCUGUCGGUGUUCUACAGCGCGGAGAAGCGUGGAGCCCUGCGGCGUAAGCCCGUCGGCCCGCUGGAGAGGUUCUUGGAGAGGCUGCUAGAAUUGGAGCGGAGACGUUUUCAGACCGUUCUGGAGGAGCGUGGGGGCCCCCCUGCUGCGUCCGCGGCACGGAACUGCUGUGGGUCAGCUAAGAAUGCGACGUCACGCCUCAGCUCACCAAAGCGUAUCCUUCAAUGUCAGCGUGCCUUCCCUCUUACCUUCCUCUCCUCGCUGGCCCCUCCUUCCACCGCGCUCUCCGGCUGUGCCUGCACACAGUGCCAGCUCCACUACGCUUCCUGCGCCCUGUUGUGCUGCCGCUCUCAGCACCGCCCGCCGGGGCAUCGAGGCACCGCGUCUCUCCCCAAAAGAAGUUGCAGCGAGAGUCGCGCGCGCGCAGAAGAAACGCCGCCACCUGCGAGGUUAAACAGCUCUGUGACCACCAACGGUCACAUGAGGAGGAUGCAAGCUCUGGGGAACAUUCGCCAUCCCGUCCAAGCUGUGAACUGCAAACCUGUUAGGUGCACGAGUGCCACAAGGAGAGGGAGAGAGCAUCCGGCAGCUUUCACAAGCAACACAUCAGACCUGACGAGGGGAAGAAGUGUCUCCGAGCGCAGGAAGAAUGCAGAGAAGCAGCCGUACCUGAGUAAAAGUACGAGUACUUUCCAGGAAAAUGACUAUGUAGAACUCAGUUUCUUGACUUGAAUACAACCAGGAGGAUCAAAAGUAUGUACCGUAUUUUUCGGACUAUAAGUCGCAGUUUUUUUCAUAGUUUGGCCGGGGGUGCGACUUAUACUCAGGAGCGACUUAUGUGUGAAAUUAUUAACACAUUACCGUAAAAUAUCAAAUAAUAUUAUUUAGCUCAUUCACGUAAGAGACUAGACGUAUAAGAUUUCAUCGGAUUUGGCGAUGAGGAGUGACAGAUUGUUUUGUAAACGUAUAGCAUGUUCUAUAUGUUAUAGUUAUUUGAAUGACUCUUACCAUAAUAUGUUACGUUAACAUACCAGGCACGUUCUCAGUUGGUUAUUUAUGCCUCAUAUAACGUACACUUAUUCAGCCUGUUGUUCACUAUUCUUUAUUUAUUUUAAAUUGCCUUUCAAAUGUCUAUAUUCUUGGUGUUGGGUUUUAUCAAAUACAUUUCCCCCAAAAAUGCGACUUAUACUCCAGUGCGACUUAUAUAUGUUUUUUUCCUUCUUUAUAAUGCAUUUUCGGCCGGUGCGACUUAUACUCCGGAGCGACUUAUAGUCCGAAAAAUACGGUAUUUAGAUGACACAAGUUUAUUGUGUAACUCAGGGGUGUCAAACGUACGGCCCGAGGGCCGCAUCAGGCCCGGGUACAGGUUUCAUCCGGCCCGCGGGAUAGGUUUGCUAAGUAUAAAAAUUCACCUGAAAUGUUUAAAUGGAAGAAACAGCUGUUCUAAAUGUGUCCACUGGAUGUCGCAAUAGCUAUUUGUAGAGGGUGCUACAUAUGUACAAAAUAAACCACAUGAUGUUAGUACAUCAGUCAAGGAAAUUAAUCAAGCUACAUAAUCAUACUUGCCAACCCUCCCGAAAUUCAGCGCCCCUCCCGAAAACCUCCCGGGACAAAUAUUCUCCCGAAAAUCUACCGAUUUUCAGCCGGAGCUGGAGGCCACGCCCCGACCAGCUCCAUGCGGACCUGAGUGAGGACAGCCUUUUUUAAGUUAAAGUUAAAGUACAAAUGAUUGUCACACACACACUAGGUGUGGCGAAAUUAUUCUCUGCAUUUGACCCAUCACCCUUGAUCACCCCCUGGGAGGUGAGGGGAGCAGUGGGCAGCAGCGGUGGCCGCGCCCGGGAAUAAUUUUUGGUGAUUUAACCCCCAAUUCCAACCCUUGACGCUGAGUACCAAGCAGGGAGGUAAUGGGUCCCAUUUUUAUAGUCUUUGGUAUGACUCGGUCGGGGUUGGAACUCACAACCUACCAAUCUCAGGGCGGACACUCUAACCACUAAGCCACUGAGUAACAAGUUUGUGCUUGUUGUAUUUUUAAACAAAGAAAACAAUCUGAAGUUGUCUUUAUUUUUAAAUUAUCGUGCCGUGAUUUUACAAGUCCGGCCCACUUGGGAGUAGAUUUUUCUCCUUGUGGCCCGGCCCUCCCAUCUAAAAUGAGUUUGACAACCCUGGUAUAACUACUUGACUCAGAGUGUGUCCCGAUCAUCGUGCACUCGUGUACACACACAUUCUUUUGAGUGCACAAGUGUGUUUCACGGGAAGUAUGGCAAAAUGCAUUAAGUCAGUCGGUCAGUGAUGGACACUUAGCACCCUUUAAGAAAUGCAUCUUAGCUGUGUACAAACAAAGGGACUCUGUGUGUUCACACUAUUUACUGUCAAUUAAAACAUUUGUUUAAGCA